GGGUUAGCGGAAAAUAUUAACGCCACGAUUUAAUUACAUAUUUGACGUCAUUGGUUAAGGCGUGUACUAGCAAAUAUAACAGCCAAUCAUGGUCCCGUUGUGCGUGUUUUCGAGCCAGUAAUAUUGGAGCGGGGCGUCCCCUGCCUCGAAACAGCGUGGGAAUCAUAAAAAACGAGUCGUUGAUACCAAUAAAUCAAACCGUUUUGUAUAUUUUACAAUUUCAAAUAUACUUUUUUUUAAAAAAAAUUAAAGUCUAUUUAAACUACUUAUUUUGAAAAACGUUUGAUAAAAGUUGUCCGUUUUAUUUGCGUUGGUGAUUGUUGACGUCAGCAAAUAUGGCGGCGCCACAGUGAUUCUGGUCUAUCACCAUGUGAACCUUAGUGUAACGUUUCUAUCUUUUGUGGAAAGCUCUACUAGUCGGUCAAAUAUUCCGAUAUGGCAAAGGUUGUAGCUCCUUAUACUAUGGGCAAGCCCUACCUGCCGAAGAAAAAGAAUAACGAAAGUAAUUACUGCAUCUUGUGCCGAAAGAUGCUUGUGAAACAUGAAAUGCAUGACCACAUGCAUGGUUUGCCUCACCACAGAGAGCUUGAUUCAUUGCUGGGGAAUGUUUCAUCUCACGAUUGCCAGGCGUGUAAUAUGUCCUCAAUGGGUUUUGAUCAGUACGCCAAGCACAUUGCGGGGGCAGAACAUCAAGCAAAUUUAAAAAGCCUGAAGUUUGCUAAAGUAAAACCCAUUUCCCUUCACAAGACUCUGAACCGGGAAACCAUCAAGAGUAUCCACACGAGAAACAAGAUGCUCAAGAAAGAGAGGAAAAAAGUUUCACAGAAGGAAAAAAAGAAACAGAGGAAACCGGUUGGCCAGAAUCAUUUUGGACAUCCGCAGAGAGCCAAUGGACAGAAUCAAGGAGCUGGUCCAAAUGUAUUGAAACACCAAGUCCUGGGGCCUCAGUGGAAAGGCAACCACACUCCUCUCUUUCAAAAUCAGAAUAAAAAACAGCUUGCGAACCAGACCUUUGCUGUCAAAAGCAAUAGCUCCCACCACAGUAGAGAGGCGUAUGGCCCAUCGCAGCCGUUCAAAUCCCACUGGAAGAACAGAUAUAGCAACUACAAAUCCUUAUACCAGUGUGAGGAGAUGGCCGACUUCACCAGCGAUCAGCUCCCAAAGAGAGGAAGUGUUAUCUUCCACCAGUAUGAGCUGCCUUCUUCGUCUGAAACCUGUACAUCGUCUGAAGCUCGUACAUCCUCUGAACCCCGACAGAGGGCGACUGCUUCUAACGGUCAGCCUAAGCCAGAAAUGGAUGUCUCCACCAUGCUCAAGGAAAUUAGACGGGCGCUGGGUGUGCGGGAGCCAUGCAGGGCGGAUCGGGAAGCGCGCAAGCAAAGUGCUGAGGAGGGAGCACAGAUGUCAGAACCUUGCUCCUCGCAAAAGGACAAGGAUGCGUUAGCUCACACCUCCGCCGCUCCCGCCCAGACAUCCGCAUUGACGACGGAGGUUAACACCGCGGUCCCGGCUGCUGUCAAAACUGUCAACACCACCCUGUUGAAGAGCAUCGCAGCUAACCCUAACACUCCCCGAUCCUCGGCUAGCAGCAAAUCAAGUCAGUCCCCUGGCUCCAAAACGAAGGUUCGGAUUGCGCACAAAGCGGCGGCAGUUGAAAGGCUAAAAGAGGGCAACCUGAAGAAGGUGACCCAAACGACUCCCGCUCUAACCGGGGUAGCAUUUCAGCAGCGAUGGAGGCGAAUGUACAAUGAGAUAAAGAAUAGCAAGCAGAUGAGGGAAGAAGGAACACCCAGAUUUGGAAUUCAUUUUGGGAAAAUGCUGCCUCACAAAAAUGAGUUUGAGCUGAGCGUCGACGAAGACCUGAUACUCUCAGAAGGCUUCCACUGGGAGUCUCUGUCCAACACACACACGCUCCUUCCUCCUCUUGCUGCUCCUCCAUCUUUUGUGCCUUCUGCCACGCUUCCGCCUACCAAUGAAACGACAGUGAGUCCGUCUCGCAUGGAGCCAGAGUCAAGCACCCAUGCAUCCGUUGAGCAUCUAACAGUGGCGGCAACCUCGGCGACUGUGGAACAUGAGAAUUCCAUCAACAAGCGGAAACACCAAUUCCUGCAGGGAGAUGGUGUUACUGAUAAGGACGCAGUUGUAAAAAGGAGGAAAACAAAAUCAAACAAGGACCAGAAUCAUAUGGACAAGCUUUUGGCGGUGUCCCUCAGGGAAGAGUCUCUGAGUCAGUCACUGCAGGAUUUGGACAACUCUCUGGUCCUUGCCCGCAAUGCCUUAAAAGUGGCCUAUGUGGAAGUACAUAGACUCAUGUUGUUAAGGCAGAAGUGCAUUGUGGAGGUGGACUGUCUGAGAGCCGAGCGCAUUGAGAUACUACAGGGCAUGCAAGAAGCGUAUUCUGGAAGCUCUAAUGUGGGGCAGGCGGCCACGACCUCGGCAGCAGCACCUACGGAUGUCGUUCAUCCGAGUUCGUCGUCUGUGACCUCUCCCGUCUUUGCCCCUCCCACCAACAUCCAUCAAACCCCCACCAUGGCGCCUUCCGUAACCCAACCUAACCAGGCCUCCCUCGACACACCCACAACAUGGUUAAAGGAAGAAAAUGUGAUCGCGACCGCCUCUGGACACCCUAGUCCACAAGUCCAAACCCCCGAUGCCGAGGAAACGCGCCCUACCCCUCCCCACUCGCUGCUCGCCAUGGCUUCUGCCACUGUAGCGCUAAGCGAACAAACCAGUGCAGAGGCUUCAAAUCCACCCAAGUCUUUCUGCACGCAGCAGGAGCAAGCGAAGAGUGUUUGGAAGAUAGAGCGAAACAAAAGCUUUUCAGACGAGGUUGUCAUAAUUGAUCCGAAGGAUGAGAGUGAAGAAGAUCAAUCCAUAGAACCAGUACAAGAAAUUGAUCCAAGACCUUCCUCUAAAGAAGAAGAUAAAAAUUCAUCCGCUGAAACAGUGAUUGAUGACAAUGGUAACGAGAGCGAUGACUUGGUGGAGGUGACUGAGCCCAAAAUGGAGGUCAUCGACAUUGCCGAAUCCGAGAAUGAGGAUUCACCUGAUCUCUCUUCAGAAGUGCCAGAUCCAAAAGAGGUGCCUUCUGAGUGUAGUCGUGUGGAGUGCACCUCUUCAGGCAUUCAGACAACUCAGCAAAAUCCUUUUAAGAUAAAAAGCCCGAACCCUGUUGUGUCUGAAAGUGAACCCACUCCUCCACCAGAUGCUGUUGAGUUGGCUUUUGAGGAAAAGGAGAAUAAAGAGGAGUCAGCGUUGGGAACUUUCUCUAAUCACACGGGCCCCGUUUAUGCUCUGGAAGUUCACGAGGGCUUCUUGUACACAGCAUCAGCUGACAACACGGCACGGGCCUACAAUCUGGCGAACCGGGAAUGCCAAGUGGUGUUUGAGGGCCACACAAAUAAAAUCAACAGCCUACUAGUCUUCUCCAUUCCAAACAUGCCAGCCAAACUUUACACUGGCUCCAGUGACCAGACAGUUCGCAUCUAUAGCAUCAAGUCGAAGAAGUGUCUGGAGACCCUCUCUCUUCCGGACAGAGUGCUGUCUUUGCACAUUGCCUGGAAAACUCUGUUUGUUGGCCUCGCCAGUGGAUCAGUGGCCACUUUUGAUUUAAAGACUUUUAAACCACUGGAUGUGUUCGAGUGCCAUGGGCCCCGAGGGGUGAGCUGCCUGGGCACGGCGCAGGAGGGUGCCCGUCGGGUGCUGCUGGUCGGCUCUUAUGACACCACCAUCAGUGUACGCGACGCCAAGAGCGGUUUGCUGCUACGCUCGCUGAAAGGCCACACCAAGACUGUUCUCUGUAUGAAGGUGGUGAAUGAUUUGGUGUUCAGCGGCUCCAGCGACACUUCUAUUCAUGCACACAAUAUCCACACAGGUGAGUUGUUGCGGAUCUACAAAGGUCACAGUCAUGCGGUCACGGCAAUCGUCAUCUUGGGGAAAGUGAUGGUGACCGCCUGCCUGGACAAACUGAUUCGAGUUUACGAGCUCCAGUCCCACGACCGCUUGCAGGUAUACGGCGGUCACAGUGACAUGGUGAUGUGCAUGGCCGUCCACAAGAGCGUGAUCUACACGGGUUGUUACGACGGAAGCAUUCGAGCUGCGAAACUCAACCUGAUGGAGAACUAUCGCUGCUGGUGGCAAAAUUGCUCUCUGAUAUUCGGCAUAGCGGAGCACCUCGUCCAGCACCUCAUUGGAGACCACAGCAAUCCCAGUCAGGAGGCGGUCAAGUGUCGGUGGAGACGAUGCAGUGCUUUUUUCGCCACACAGGAGGCAGUCAAGCAGGACCUUCCCGGGCAUAUGCAGACUCAUGUGGAUGUGGAUAGUAAGGUGGAGUCAUGAAGGAAGGUUUGCUGAUGCGGUUCCCCCCCCCCCCCCCCCCCAUAUCAUGAGAACAAUUGCGAACACACAUCUUGCAAUGUCUGUUGCUUUUUAUAUCUUUUGUUUGGACAAAGCACACACACGCACAAAUCAUGGGAAUCACCUGAAGAAUUUUUUGGUGUUUGUGUAAGUAACAGUAUUGUUCUGAGUGUGAGUGUGGCAUGAACAUGUACAGACAUCUGCUCAUUUCUAGAAAUAAAGAACAAAAAUAAAAUGGUUGAAGGAAAUUAUUAUCAACCAGGAAAAUGUUAAAUUUCACAUUGAUACUGAGCAAUCUUAGAUGAGUGGUGAGCUCGAAUGGUGAUACUCGAUAUCGAGAGACAAAUUACUCAGGCCA